AUGGCAGUGCCAUCUCAAGUAAAUCCUAUUCUCGCUGUGAACCUUCCGCUGGUGCUGGCCACCCCACCUCCGCUUCAUGGCAUGUCAGUUUUAGAACCGAACGCGGGCGGUAGUCCCGCAACUGAGGCGCUGAGGCUCUCGCUACUUGGCGUUGGGGCAAUUCAUCAAGCGUAUCUACUCGCUCGGUCCGGAACCGACAUGCGACGAAUGUUGGCACUGGCUUGUCAGACUAUCGAAGGCACACGAAGCGACGCUGCGCUGGGAGCCAGCGUUACGAUAGCUUUGAUCGAUAUCUUUGCCGGUGGCCAUUCUUGGCAAUCUAAUAUGAACUUGGCCAAAACGCUUGUGUCGCUACGUGGAGGUCCGGGCGCCAUCGUCGCCCACAACCAGCCAUCGCGCAAAUCGAAUCGGAGCGGCGUGACGGUCAGUCCCGCCCGUCUGCUUCUGGAAAUCUUGACGGUACGAAGUUCGUUUACUUCCAACGAACCUCCGCAGCUUCUAGGACCGGGCAACUCUGAUUGGUGGCUCUCCCAUGAGGCGGAUAUAGACAACUAUCAUUCCUACUCUGUGGAGAACGUGUUUGGAAUGUCACGUCGUAUUGUGGAGCUGAUGGCAAGGGUUAGCACCUUGGUCAUCCGACACAACCACGUCGCGGUGGGCGAGGAAGCCCAAAGGCUCUAUCAAGAGGUCGAGAACUGGACCGAGCCUCCACUUCCCGAUCUACUGAAACGCAGAGUCGAGAACGGAAAUACUGCUCAUAAACUUGCUAUGCAGAUCAUGCUACUCCGGGACGUGUUCCGUGUGCCUCGCGACGACUAUCGAGUCCAGAAGGCAUCGAGCGCGAUCAUCGAGCGUUGCUUCGAGAGCACAAAGCAUAUGGGGAUGGCCGUCGAUUUAACAUGGCCUGUGAUUAUAGCUGGUUGCCAAAUCUCGGGAUCUGGACGUUCAUGGGUGGCAGAGACGUUUGAGGGGUUCAGGAAACAAUGCUGUUUCGAGAUCGACACGGCUGAACAAAUUGUCUGUGAAGUCUGGCGACGAGAAGAUGAAGGUCUCCCUGGCGCAUCCUGGCGUUCCGUCAUUGCUGACCUCAAUCUUCGUUGUCUGCUCAUCUAA